UCAAUUGGCUACCCAGAUGAAUAUAGCAUAUUAUGUAGUCAUUGUUCAUUAGUGAGGGAAGCAUUACAACAUACAUUUCCCUAAUCUUUACUUAUAUCAACCAAAGCAGAGACUCUCUCUCUCCUCUCCUCUUGUGGAAACAACGGCCACAACUCCCGCACCUGCGCGGAGGCUGGUGGCGCAAGUGGUGGUCCCUCCUCCGGCGACAAUGGAAUCAUGCUUUUUGGUGUGCGACUCGGUGAGAGCAGCAGCUCUUUCAGAAAAAGUGUGAGCAUGAACAAUCUCUCCCAAUUUGAUCAGCCUCAGGAUCCCAACCCCGAUUCCGGCUACGCAUCGGACGACGUCGUUCAUGCAUCCGGCAGAAGUCGCGAGCGCAAGAGAGGUGUGCCGUGGACGGAGGAGGAACACAAGCUAUUUCUGUUGGGAUUGCAGAAAGUAGGGAAAGGAGAUUGGAGAGGAAUUUCAAGGAAUUUUGUGAAGACGCGUACGCCGACUCAGGUGGCGAGUCACGCACAAAAGUACUUUCUCCGCCGGAACAACCAAAAUCGGAGGCGUCGCAGAUCUAGUCUCUUUGACAUCACCACCGAUUCGUUCAUAGAAGAAGAUCGAAUCCACCAUGACACGACGGGGCAACCACCGCCACAGACGCAUUUAAGUUGCAAUCUGGGAGGAUAUCCGGUUUCAAGUUUUGCAGUCUCGCUUAGUCCUGUCGUGUUACCGGUCACCGGGGAGCAGUCAAUGGAGCAUCUCAGGUUAGGACCAAUCAAUCAACGGAAAUCAUCCACUAAACCAAUCCGUCCCGUACCGAUACUUCCGGUUCCUCCGUCAUCCAAAAUGGCCGAUCUAUCUUUGAACCACAAGACGUCCUUAUCCCUGAAGCUUUCAACGCCGUCCUCGGAGGAGCAGUCACCGCACUCUUCAUCGACGUUUGAGGCCAUGUCAAGUGGAGAUAGCAUUAUCAGUGUUGCAUGAAGAUGAUAAUAUAUAUUAAUUAAUUAAUUAUGUGAUGUUGUAAAUUGGAAGUAUGUGGGAUUGAUGUUUAGAUAACAAAUCAAGAAUUUCUGAUUAAGUGGAAAAGAAUGGGAAAUUUAGUAGGUAUUAGGUGAUUCCUUGUUUGUAUAUGGUACCAACGAAAGGUAGUUCGGUUGAUAAUUGACUUGAUUAAGUAACUAUCU